AUGGCAAAAGAGGCUAAUCCAGCGUCAGGCGUGUCAGGGCAGCCUAUCCAAUUAUCAUUCCCGCUUCCAAAAGCCCCAGAUACAAGAAUUCACAUCCAUCUUACGGUCCAGGCUACCUCCAUCCUCUUGUUCUUGAUUACGGCUAUGAAUGGAGACACCUCAACAGUACCACUAGGAUCAUUUGUCUACGCCCUUCCCGAUAGACUGAAUCCAGGCCAAACUCUCUCCACCCCUCUUUACACCUACGAAUCCUCCGUGGAGUUCACAACACGUCUUGCUAAACUUCUCGCGCGGAAGACAAAGAAGGCUGUCUACGUUGGUAAUUCGAUAAGCUUUGCGAGUGCUGGGCUAGGCGGCACUGUGGAGGAGGAGAUGGAAGGGUUCAAGAAGGUUGUAAAGGUUGUCUUGGACGAAGUUGAAGGUAGACGGGUCAAUGGCAGCUGA